AUGGACGCCAGCACAACCCACCAGCAGGCGGCAAGUCCAAACGGCACUGCGAAGCUCUCCAACCACUCUCCUGGCGAUGCGCAAGACUGGAGUGGUGAUGAUCGCUCCAGCGACGAAGAAGCCCACGACAGAAGCCAAAGCGGCACGUCGAACAAGCGGAAGCGGCCGCUUUCUGUCUACCUUCCGCGCAAGAAGCCCGGCCUGCGCGCUGGCUAUGGACGGGAGCUCGAGUCGAGACUUGACAAGCUCGAAGCGCUCCUCGUCCAGCAGCAGUCGCAAAUCAACCAUCUCUCCAGCACCCAAGUCGCCACGUCCGGCCCGUCACCGCAAGAGGUAGCCGCGUUCCGAAGCCCGCCCGUCAUCCAAACCCCCCAUAUACCGCGUCCCGAAACGGCCCUCUUCAUCCAGAAGCCCACGUUCCCUUCGCAGAGCGCAAUACAGAACCAAUAUGGCAACGGCGUCACGGACAACAGACCCACCCCCUCGGUCACGGGGAAUGGCUACCAGUCCGAGGAUGUGAGCAUGAGCGGUGGCUUGUCCAGAGAUGGCUACACACCAUACAAUGAGCAAUACCAGCCGGCCAUAUCGAGGACUCUCGGCCACGCGGAUGCCGACUUCCCACCGUACGACCUUCUGUAUGGCCUCGUCGAUCUUUUCUUCAAGCACAUCAACACCUGGUGUCCCAUCCUCCACCGCCAGAGCACGCUGAACUCACUUUUCGGAGACGCGACGCUAGAAGAGGCCGAUCGAAUCAUACUACACGCAGUUGUCGCAACGACUGUCAAGUUCUCUACCGACCAGCGCUUGUCUGCCGAGAAGCGCACGCGCUACCACAAGAACUCAAAAGAGAAGGUCCUGCUGUAUGGCAUCGAGAACAGCUCUGUAAAGUCGUUGCAGGCGCUUGUGAUCCUCGCUCUGGACGUUGUUGGCUGCUCCAAUGGCCCUCCCGGCUGGAACCUUCUGGCUCUUAUUACGCGCUCAGUCGUCCAGCUAGGACUGUCGGUCGAAAGCUACUCACCGAGCGUCGCUCCACAAUUUGCGUCAAUAUACACUUUGCGCGCCAUGACGCUACCUGAGCCCAAGGACUGGAUCGAGGAAGAGAGCCGACGCCGCCUUUUCUGGAUGAUUUACGUCCUAGACCGGUAUGCGACCGUUGCCACGGCUUUCGAAUUCGCUCUCGACGAAAAGGAGAUCGAUCGUCGGUUGCCGUGUCGCGACGACAUGUAUGCGCGAAACGUGCCCGUCGAGACGCGAUGGUUCCACACUUCGACAAGAUCUGACUACAGCAUGAACAGACCAGAAAACUUAGGCUCCUUCUCAUACUACGUCGAAGUCCUAGGGAUUCUCACACGCAUCCACAAAUUCCUCAAGAAGCCUGUAGACAUUACAUCGUUGUCCGACGUCGAGACCUGGCAAAGCGAGUAUCGUGAGCUUGACAAUGCCAUCGAGCAAUGGAAGUACAAUCUUCCUCAAGAAUUUGGCAACUCUGCGAGAUUGUUUGCAAAGCCGGGUAUGGGACAGAAUUUGGACAGUGGUUUGGUGAUGCUCCAUGCGGCCUUCCACACCCAGCGGUGUCUCAGUGCUGUUGAGAAUAUCACAGCCUUGUGUGCUACCGUACGCGACAACGGUUUGCUGAGCAAACUUGGCCCGCCCUUCGCAUUCUCGCUCUGGGUAGCCGCACGUGUUCUCUUGGUCCACGGAUCCACCAUCGAUCACCGAGUCGAUCAAUCCAUCAACCUCCUGGUCAGCACUCUCCAGGACAUGGGUCAGUACUGGGAAGUAGGCACGCGCUAUGCAAGUCUUCUUUCACGCGUACUUUCCGAAUAUCAAGAGAGCCAGGACACCCCCGCUGGUGCGAAUGGUGAACGCGUGACACCUUCAACCGUCAAGAUCCUCGCCGACAUGCGACGAUGUGCAUUUGAUCUCGACUUCCUCAUAUCCCGUCAACCUAAGCUCAGCAACAAGCAAAAUCUGAAGAUACCAUCGGUGACUCCAGCUCGAACACCUGCAGCGAAUGAGCUAGAGUAUCUCGAUGUGUUCGACUUCUUCAACAUGCCUCGACUCCCUGUGUCGAUAGACGGAGCCAUGAGUUACCCUGCGCCAGACGGCAACAUACAAUUACCGGACGGCGGGUUUGGAAACGAGUCGAACAUUACCAACUACAUGGUCGAUGCGAGCUCAGAUUGGUUUAUGAAGCAGUCGGCAUAA